AUGGCGGAUUCCGACGAGAAGACUCGCCCCGACGACGCCGAAGACACGAAGACGAAAACUCUCCCACACUGGCGUCUUGUCAUUGAUCAGGCUGGUGUUACGCCCGAGGUCCUUGCCCUACACUAUCCAGGCCCAGGAGGUAGCAACUCUGGGCGUCUCUCUAAUAGUCCUGGUUCGCUCUCGGGCCCUUUGCUAUGGGCGCCACUGAGCGAGAUCUUUGGCCGCCAGCUACUGUUUAUUGGAACCUAUGCUGGCCUGACAAUCUUCAAUGCAGCCUGUGCUGGUGCUCCCAAUGGAGCUUCAUUACUGGUCUUCCGAUUUCUAGCGGGCUCCUUUGGUUCCUCUCCCUUGACCAAUGGUGGCGGAACCAUAGCUGAUAUGUUCCCUGCCCACCAACGAGGCCUGGCGAUGACGCUGUUUGCGUCUGGGCCAUCCCUAGGUCCAGUGUUGGGCCCGAUUUGUGGUGGAUUUCUUGGGGAGAAUGCUAGCUGGCGUUGGGUGAUGGGAUUCCUGGCGAUAUACGCUGGGGUUAUGUGGAUCGGAGGAACCAUCCUUAUCCCAGAAACCUAUGCCCCGACAUUGCUGAGGCGCCGGGCUGCUAAAUUGUCUAGCAUGACUGGAAAGGUGUAUAUCAGCAGCGCUCAGUUGAAACAGGGCAAGGUUUCUUUGCGUAAUGCUAUUAGCACCUCCUUAGUGCGGCCGUGGAUUCUACUCUUCAAGGAACCCAUCGUUCUCCUGUUAUCGAUCUAUAUGGCCAUCAUCUACGGUACCCUCUACUUGUUCUUCGCCGCGUUUCCAGUUGUUUUUGAGCAGGCUCGUGGUUGGAAUCAAGGCAUGGAAGGUUUAGCAUUUUUGGGCAUAGCUGUGGGCAUGGUGGCGGCUUUGGUUUAUACGAUCCCGGACAACAAGCGUUAUGUUCUCCUUGAUCAGAAGCACAACGGUUUUGCACCACCAGAAGCUCGGCUCCCACCAGCAAUUGUUGGCUCUUUCGCCAUUCCAGUGGGGUUGUUUUGGUUCGCUUGGACUAAUUAUCCCUCCAUUCAUUGGAUUGUUAGCAUCAUGGCUGGCGCUCCUUUCGGCUUCGGUAUGAUUCUGGUGUUUCUAAGCAUCAUGAAUUAUCUGGUUGAUGCAUAUACGAUCUUUGCCGCUUCAGUUCUUGCUGCUAAUUCAACCCUACGCUCCUUGUUCGGCGCAGCCUUUCCACUCUUUACGGUACAGAUGUAUGAUAAGUUGGGGCUGCACUGGGCAUCAAGCAUCCCAGCAUUCCUGGCAUUGGUCUGCGUUCCAUUUCCGUACCUUUUCUACAUAUAUGGAGCGCGCAUCAGGACUCAUUGCAAAUUUGCGGCUGAAUCUGACGCUUUUAUGCAAAGUUUGAAGGCGGCCCAGAAUCAACAAGAACAGGAGUUAGAGGAGCAGGAUAAUAGUACUGAGGACGAGCGUACAGUGGUUGACGAAGGCGUCUUCAGCUCAAGCCAUAGACGAACGUCCUCGGUCCAUGGCCCAUCUUCAGUAUAUGAUGGCAACCCCUAUGAUAUUGAUCGUGUUCACACUAGAAAGUCAUUCUCUUAG